AUGUACGAAGUACGAUUCGUCGGCAUCAGGCAAUACCUGGAUCGCCUUCCACCGCCCGAGAAUCGCGAUUAUAAAUCUCUCAAACUUGCCCUUACCAUGGACUAUAUCGGAGCAAAUCUCCAGCUGGUAAGGGAGAAUAAGAAACGAGACGACUACUUCGCGCCGGAGACUGUCUUAAGAAUGCGCAACUUGAUGCAUAUUAAAGACAGCUCUGCUUCGCAGUAUCCCUCCAAGGAGUCAUUGGCAUUGAUUUACGACAUGCUGAAACCUGACCACAUUACUCCGCCCCCCAAGAAGCCUGAUCAGCAGCUUCCGCCUGUCGAAGCCGUCCCCAUUUCAACCGUGAUGCUAGGCAAGAGGAAACGAGCAGGAUCAGAUGCGGACUACACUCCCGAAGACAAGCGCGCUCGAACCAUCACAUCUCUGACCGAACCUCGAGUCCUGGACAAGGUUAUCUCCUCAUUAUGCUCCCAAGACGACGUAACCUCAACCGUAAAUAUCUCAAGACUCCCUGGUCAAAUGGCCUCACAAGUCCCCCGACCAGCUACAGAUCUCGGCGCGGCCCUCCGCAGAAUCUGGCAGGACCGCCCCAUCGUACCUCUCGCACCUCUCGACAUCCCGAACUAUGUGCUCUCAACGAUCCUCCCAGAGGAAUCUGUGGAUGAAGACGUAAAGCCCCCACGGGGCUCACAUGAAGAUGCCGAGCUUGAUGACGAAGGGUCGUCCGAGCAGGAGCUCACUAUCAGCGAGGAGUACUGGUUGUCUCCGGAAGAAGAUGUCAAGGUGCCGCCAUCAUCGCCUUCUGCAAUUAGCGAUGAUGCUGAUAAUUGCCUGUCAUACCCGGAGAUGGAAAGUCGUGCAGCGGCAGAAGUUGAAGUGCAUUUCAUCGCGUACCCAGAUGAUGCAGAAGUUUGGUUCACGCCUGAAAUGUGCUUCGACUCGUGA